UGCCCUUAAGUAUCACAGCUCCACGCCGCUUUGCACUCUGCCAUCCGCUCUGCUCUGCACACCAUGUGUCACUCUCGCGGCUCUCUGUCUACAAUGACCGUCCUGCAGGCCCCCAGCCCGGUCCCUUCCACCAGCCCAGGACCCCGACGGGACUCUGGCCCGGAGAUCUUCACCUUCGACCCUCUCCCGGAGCGGGUGGCGGCCCCCUGCGCGCGCCCCAGCCUCGCUCGCGGGCACCGAAAACGCAGCCGCCGGGUCCUCUACCCAAGAGCGGUUCGGCGCCAGCUGCCAGCAGAGUAUCCCAACCCUGCCAAAAGGCUCCUCUUUCUCCUGCUCGCCAUCGUCUUCUGCCAGAUCCUGAUGGCUGAAGAAGAGGUACAGGCGCCCCUGGCUGGGGAAGAAGUCCCCAGUGCCGCAUCCCCCGCGCCCACCCCAGCAUCCCCCACGCCCAUCCUCGAGCCACUUAAUAUGACCUCGGAGCCGUCGGACUACUCUCUGGACCUAAGCACUUUUCUCCAACAACACCCGGCUGCCUUCUAACUGUGACUGCCCCCCUAGGCCCCCACAAAUACUCUGGGGAAAAAAUAAACACCAGGUGUAUCUGGUGCACGCGAGUGUAUCCCGAACUGGGACUCUGAGGCAACUCAAACUCAGCACACUACAGCGGAGACGCUUGCGGGUGCCUGGACCGUGAAGAGCACCGACUUGCCGGGGCUGGCCCAUGCAUGGGGAAAGAGAAAGACAUUAAUUUAUUUCUCAUUGCUCCUAGUUAAUAUUUAUAUGUAUUUAUGUAUACCCCCUACGUGACAGAGGGGUGUUUGUAAUAUUUAUUUUAAUUUAUGCAAGGGUGCGAGAUGUGCGCCCCUCUGCUACUGCGGAUCGCUCGGUAUUGAGCUUUGUGGGGCCGGAUGGAGGGUGGGCGCCCAGAAGGAAUGGAGUCUGGAAGGGGGGGUGACUAGCACCGGGGUCUGGGAGGGUGUACACUAGGUCGGUAGUGGGUUGUAGUCUGGGGGAGAGGGAAAUAGUCAAGGAUCUUAACUCCCAGGAUCAGUAGAUGUGAAGUGUGAGACUUUGACCAUUAGGAAUCAGGCCCUUUGGCCUUCGAUUUCUUCGAAGUUGUCCCCAAGUAGUGACUUUGCGAUCGGAAGUCGGUGGGCUGUCAUGGGGUGGCUGCAGGGUCGCCCAGUAUGUUCUGUGAACAUAAAUAAAUUCGAUUUACUGACACAA